AUGCCAAUACGAGAAAUAGUCAAUGCCCUGUUUCUCACUUACGUUGGCACGGAAUGGAUGCUCCAGUCGUCCAACGAAUUGGGCAAACAUCAACAUGACUCUUUUCAAGUCUUUCUUCGGAUUCUCCAGAACAAUAAAUUAUUUGUUGCGUUAGUUUCCUUUCUUAAUAUUGUGGAUACUUUCAAGAGAAUACUCCCGAGUUUGGAGGGAUUGUGGCAAUUGCGAAUUCUGUUAGCUGCGACGGCCUACGUAUUCGCGCUCUAUGUGGAUUGCAAACGAAAGCUGCCCUCGUUGGAGCUCUCGUCAUUUUUACGCCAAGUCGCAAUGGCCUUUUUGAAAGUCCUUCCCAUUUAUCCAUUCUUGGCAGUCUUGAUUAGUUUUGUCUUUUUGUUUGUCAUUUCCAUCUUUGAGACCCUGCACUUGCCACUGGAGCUAUUGAACAUGCCAAUCUACUAUGGGACCUUGUAUGGGCCAUUUUCUUAUAUUUAUUAUAUUGUCAAGCGACAAGUGAUUGAAUCGACGACAUCACUUCCAACUAAUAAUAUGGCUGCGGGGGAAAUGACAGCCUAUUUUGCAAGGUGA